UAAGUGUAUAUCAUGAAUUUUCUAAUAACAAUAGCGAUUUAUGUGCUGUUAACCGUUAUUGCUCUAAAGAUUAUUCAAAACUGUCAAUGGGAUGGUGCAGAGCAAAAGUGUGUCUAGUCGGAAAAACCGCUUUGGUAACAGGCGGUAAUUCUGGAAUUGGAUACCAAACCGCAUUGCAUUUGGCAUCCCGAGGAUGCAGAGUGAUAAUAGCCGACAUCGUUGAUUCUGAAUCCAGUAGAAAGCAAAUUGUUGAAGAAACUGGUAACGAUAAUAUCAUAUACAAAUGGUUAGAUUUGGGCAGUUUGCAGUCAACUCGAAAAUUUGCCAAAGAUAUUAUAAAGACUGAACCUAGAUUAGAUAUCCUGAUCAACAAUGCAGGUGUUGCUGGUUUUGCUGAAAUCUGCAGCGACGAUGGAAUAUUGAUGGAUAUGCACAUUAACCAUUUCGGUUCAUUCCUUUUAACACACCUAUUAGUUGAUCUCUUAAAGCAAACGCCAAAGAGUCGCGUAGUAUUUGUCAGCUCAAAUAUGGCCUUCUUGCACCAACUGAAGACAGCGGAAGACAUCAAUAGACCAUCCAAGUUCAACAACAAGGAUUUUAAGACUAUUAUCAAUUACAGCAACAGUAAGUUAUGUAAUAUAAUCUCUGCAAGUGGUUUCGCAAAAAGACUCACGAAGUUUGGUAUUACCGUGAACGCCGUACAUCCAGGCUCAGUCUGCACUGAAAUUUACAAUUCCUCUAGAAACCGUCUUGGGGAUUGCACAUGGAUUUUCAAGAUUUUCCACUUAGUAUGCAACAUAAUCACCUGGUGCUUUGGAAAAAAUGCAGAGGAGGGCGCUCAGACAUCUUUGCAUUGCGCCAUCGACAAAUCCGUUGAAGGAAUAUCCGGGAAAUUUUUCUUCGAUUGCAAAGUGUUUAAAAUCCCGCCAAAAGCAGCAGACGGGGAUUUCUCAGAAGCCGUUUGGGCUGAGAGCGAAAAGAUAGUAAAAUUAUCACAGGAGGAGAAAAUACAAUAAUCGUAUUAAAUAUUUUUUUAGUGAUAUUACCUGCUAGUUUUAUUUUUAAU